CAUCCACACAGACAACUAACGACAGCUACAAUUUCCAGACCCGGUCGUUAAAGAUGCUGUACAUUCACUCAGAAGAGACGCUCACCAUCCCGGAGGGCGUCAAGGUCGCCAUCAAGACCAGAAAUGUCACCGUUGAGGGUCCUCGCGGCAAGCUGGUCAAGAACCUCGGUCACUUGGCUGUCUCGUUCAAGCACCAAGGCAAGAACGUGAUCAAGAUCGAGCUGCACCAUGGCAAUAGAAAGAACGUGGCUACGCUGAGAACAGUCCGCACCAUCAUCAACAACAUGAUCAUCGGCGUCACCAAGGGCUUCAAGUAUAAGAUGCGCUACGUCUAUGCCCACUUUCCCAUCAACGUCAACAUUGAGAAGAACAAGGAGACGGGUCUGUAUGAAGUCGAGAUCCGUAACUUCAUUGGCGAGAAAAUCGUGCGCAAGGUUACCAUGCACCCAGGUGUCGAUGUGGAACCAAGCAAGAACCAGAAGGACGAGAUCCAGCUGACCGGCAUCUCACUCGAGAACGUGUCGCAGAGCGCUGCAGACAUCCAGCAGAUUUGCAGAGUGCGAAACAAGGAUAUCCGAAAGUUCUUGGAUGGUAUCUACGUCUCGGAGCGCGGCAACAUCCAGGAGGAGUAGAUAUGUGUGUAUCACGACGGGGACGGGCAUUGCAAUCAGUGGCGUUUCAUGAGCGGCAUGGUAUUCUCUCCAAUGCUUUGUGCGGGCAUUACAGGCUUCAUCAAAAGCUCGAUUAGCUUCUUUCAGAUCAAGAGAGGCAGAUAUCCAAAACAUUAAGAGCACACUUCUGUCAGCACUUCUUUUUAUUUUGAUAUUUUGCCUCAUCCGCAAUGUGUCGUUCCUCUUAGCACAGCUGUCUUGAAGUCAAUGCCAUCAAACUCUAGCGGGGCUUUCAUACCCUUGCGUCCCUCAAACAGCGUAUCCUUCAAACGCUUCUUGGUGAUGACGAAGCUUUCUGGGAACCAGUCAUAUACUUCUCGUUUGUCCCCACAUAGCAUAUGUGUCAAGGCCUCUGCGGAUUUCAUGCAGAGAACCAUUCCUUUAUAAAUGCAUCAGCUCAGUUCUCGCAUAUUGACUCGCUCCAUGAAAACUGACCAUGG